UUCAUCAUCCAAAGCAAGAAAUUAAUUUCCUAUCCAUCUCAGAAAACACCUUCACUUCAUGUUUUCAAGAAUCGAAGUCAUGGCUUCUGCCUCGUUACGGUUCCUUUCUCUCUUCAAAGUUCUCCAGUGGGGGGUCAGGUUUUGCACUUUUAUCUUUCCAUGUCUUCAUUUUUCCCUAGAAAAUCUUGUUAAGUCUUGUUUGGGAAAAUGGAGGACGAGCACGAGGACAGGGGUUAUUAGCAACAUGAAAGUUGUUGAAACUUACCCAACUGCUAAACCAAGUGCAGCUGGAGAAAUUUGCAUGGAGGAGAUCAAGACAGUGCUGACUAGACUUGGAAUAGCAUGUGAUCAAGAAGGUAAUGAUGAUGAUGUAGAGAACUGGAAAGUAAGUGAGUUUUCCGAUAUAAUGCUUGAUGAGGAGCCUAGUUUAGAGGAGAUUAAGCAAGUUUUUCAAGUGUUUGAUGAGAAUAAAGAUGGAUUUAUAGAUGCAGCUGAGGUACAGAGAGUGUUAUGUGGGCUGUGCCUUAAGGAAGGAUCAGAACUGGAGGACUGUAGAAGGAUGAUCUGUGCUUUUGAUGACAAUGGCGAUGGAGUCCUUGAUUUUGAAGAGUUUUUGGCGUUCAUGGGCAAGUGUUUCUGCUGAUCUUCUUCCUUUAUUCUUUUUUUUCCCCACCCUUGUAUCUGUUGGUAUUUCCACUCUAACCCGUUUAGGUAAGCUAUAAAGCUGUCAAUGUGUAUUACGUACCAGUGCCAAGAAUGUGUAUUACCAGUGCCCGGGUGAAAAUGCAAUGAUUAGUGGAUUGAAGAUCCAUUUAAAUUC